AUACUAAUUUGUUAUCGAAAUUUGAGUGACACCUAAUAUGACCUUUAUGUAGGAACCAUACGCACGCCUAUCAACCCUGAAGCAUACACGUGGUGCUUGCCAAAAUCCCCGCAUUUUGACUUACAUUUCGAAAACUUCCCGUUUUUUUAAGAAAUUUAAGUUAAACUCCGCCCGUCUUCAUUACCAAGCUCGAUCUGCUUUUAGACUGAUUUUAACUCUGAACACCAAAGUAUGCCUUUGUCUGUGGCCUUGAUUCACUUAAAAAUAUUCUAAUUUUUUGGAAGCUUUAUCAAUUGUGAUAUGUGGCGUAACAAUAAAAACUGCCAAAGUUAAUUAUGGAAAUUGUUUGAACAACUGUCGCCACUGGGUAUGGUCGCCACUGUUGUCUAUUUAAGAGGCUAGGUAUGGUUAUGCCUUCGAGAAUUCAGUUGAUCGUUAGGUGCAGAAGCAAUAUGUUUUAUAUAUUCCUUGCCCUUGUUUUGGCCAUAAUCCACAAUUCGCUUGCAGAGCAAGUGCAAACGGAGCAAACCAUUGUCGAGGAAUGGAGCUGGCAAGACAACGGCAACGGAGGCUUCGACCGUUAUCACUACUACUCAGGGAUAGAUAAUGACGAUGAUUUGGACGGCGAUAAGGAUACAAGCGAUUAUGAAUAUGAAGAGGAUGGCGGGUUAACUGCCACCGGUUUGGACCAGGAUGAGGAGACGUGCGAGCAAAGCUGUCCCCGAUACUACCGCCCUGUCUGCGUUCUCCGCAAUGGCCGUAAUGUGACAUUUGCCACACUCUGCGAGUUCCACAACGAAGUACGUUGUGCCCACGAUCUGAGAAGACAAGGUCAUGGCUAUACGGUGCCCAUUUUUCAAUAUCAACAUGAUGGUGUCUGCUAGACAAUAAAACUCAUUCAGGGUUCCUCCCUGGAUAAUCAUGAAUAUUGGGAACGUGAUGAGAACACAAAUGAAGAUGAAA